CAGAACAAUCAGCUCCAGAUGAAUGAAGAUCUGCGGGAGACGCAGGGGCUUCUGGGAAUGAUUGACAUUAAGCCUCGCUAAAGCAGACGAAUCCCUCCUCUCCUCUCCUCCUGUGACGGACGGAGCACAUGCUCUCUCUCGUCCUCACGGAUCCCGGUCCUGUCUUCUGCUCGUCUGUGCUGGAUUACCGCGGAGGAGGAGAGAGCGUCCUCAUCAUCCUCAUCCUUCGGGGACUCCAGACUGCAGCUUCAUGGGAAAGACUCUGGAGCAGCAUCAGAUGUUCCCUCACUACACCUGCUACUAUCCUCCCUGCGCUCACAGCAAGCCAUAUACCCCGCCCCCUCACCUGAUGGCCCCGCCCAGUCCAGGAGGCGGCAGCUGUAGUCUCAGCAAAACCAAUCUGUACAUACGAGGACUUCCUCCUGCAACCACAGACCAGGACCUCGUCAAACUCUGCCAACCCUAUGGGAAAAUCAUCUCUACGAAGGCCAUCCUGGACAAGAACACGAACCAGUGCAAAGGCUAUGGUUUCGUGGACUUCGACUGUCCGGCAGCGGCGCAGAAGGCCGUCUCGUCUCUGAAGACCUCCGGUGUGCAGGCGCAGAUGGCGAAGCAGCAGGAGCAGGACCCCACUAACCUGUACCUGUCUAAUCUGCCCGUGUGUGUGGAGGAGCAGGAGCUGGACACGCUUCUCAGACCCUUCGGUCACGUCGUCUCCACACGCAUCUUACGAGACGCCAGCGGGGGCAGCAGAGGUGUCGGCUUUGCCAGGAUGGAGUCCACAGAGAAAUGUGAAGCUGUCAUACAGCAUCUGAAUGGGAAAUAUCUGAAGACUCCAGCAGGAAGCCCAGGUGCGUCUGAACCGCUGCUCUGUAAGUUUGCUGAUGGCGGUCAGAAGAAGAGACAAACUCAGAGUAAAUAUCCCCAGAACAGCCGAGCGUGGAGAGAAGGAGAGACGGGAAUGACACUCACAUACGACCCUGCUGUCGUGCAGAACGGGUUCUACUCUUCUCCGUACAGCAUCGCUGCGAACCGGAUGAUCACGCAGACCUCCGUCACUCCCUUCAUCACCGCUUCACCCGUCUCCACAUAUCAGGUUCAGAGCACAGCGUGGAUGCCGCAGCAGUAUGUGAUGCAGCCCACAUAUAUUCCUGCUCCUAUGCAAGGACCGUUCAUCCAUCAGUUACCGGCCGCUCCGUCAGCACUUCCUGUAGAGGGUGUAGUAACAGAAAGCCCCUCGUCACAGGAAGUCCGUGUAACACAGCAACAGAUCACCAUGGAAACCAGCGACCACAUUCAAGACUACCAGACCAAAUAGCAGCUGAACGUCUGAGAGUCCUGCUCAUGAACACAGAAACCAUCAGAAGAGCGCGCCGUCUUCCUCAGAUAUCAAGUUUUUAGAUUCCGUUGAUUUUCUGUCAAGUGUUGGUUUUGUAGGACUUCACACAAAUCUCAGUUGCCUUAAUAUUGAACACGUCUGACUUCUGUUUAAUAAGCGCUGUUAUUCCUGAUAAAAGCUGUUCUUCACUUGAAGAAAAACUAAUGAUCAUUUUCCUGAACGGACUGCAUUUUUACUAAACAGGGAAAACAGCACAGUUCAUUAAACACCCUCUGAUUGUUUUUAUGUAGCAACCUUUAUUCAUUUACACUUUAGAUUUAUUUUUAUAUACAUUUAUUUCAUAUUUGCUUUUAAACCUUCGUUUUAUAUUCAAUUUAAUCUUUUACCGUAACCUAUGUUA